AUGUCGAUAACCCCCAUAAUCACGUUCAAGGCCGGCCAAUGUCAGGUUGACGAGACGAGCAGGCCAUACAAGGUGAAGCCAGAGGCCGAGCCAGGCUAUAUCUACCUCUACAGCGAGGAUGACCUGAUUCACUUCUGCUGGCGCUCAAGGAGCAAGCCUCUGGACGACCCCGACCUGGAUCUCGUCAUCGUUCCUCCGGACUGCAGCUUCGUUCCCUACGAGUCCAAGGCCAUCAACCAACCAACUGCUAAGACCAAUGGCCGAAUCUUCGUCCUGAAGUUCGCCGGCUCCUCACAGCGACAUCUCUUCUGGCUGCAGUCGAAGCCCCAAGGCCGAAGCGGCGACCCCGCUUGGCUGAGCCCUCGCGACAGGAAGAUCGGCGAGAUUGUCAACAAGCUUCUGCAGGGCGAGGAGGUUGAUGUCAACAGAGAGCUUGCCCAAGUCAUCAAUAACACCGAUGACAGCAGACGCGACGACGAUGAUGACGAGACUAUGGAGGACGUCGAAGGCCGUGGCAACCCCAACGAGCAUCAUGAGGGCAGCAUUGGAGGAGCCGGUCCCGAUGCUACUGGUGGAGAUAUCCGCCAAGAGGGAGAAGAUUCUCGAGAGGGAGGAGCAGACGGCGCGAGAGCGGUAAGCUCAACCACUCCUGAUGCCGCUGCGGUAGUAAGGAACCUGCUCGCCUCGCUCCAGGGCCAGUCAAAUCUGGGUGGUGGUCAGCAGGCAGAGUCAAAGGGGUUUCCAAUCCUGAGCGAUCUCCUAGACACCUCUGUGACUGUCCCGAUCAUUGAGAGCGCUUCUGAUGAUGUUGUCAACGGACUCGUUGAGGCCUUGCCAGAGCAGUUUGUGGUCUUGUUCAAGCAGACAAUCGAUAUCGAGAAUGGCCAGGCCAUCCAGCAGGGAGAGCAGGUCUCCGAUGCAAGGGCAUCACUGAAUCUAGACCAAAAGAAGCGACUGUUGAAGAGGGUACUACGAAGCCCACAAUUCCAUCAGAGCCUUGGCACGCUCACUAUGGCUCUUCGAGAUGGAGGAUUGCCUGCUGUGGCGAGCGCGCUGGGUAUCCAGGUCGAAAACAACGGCUUCAUCAGGGGAGGCACUAUGCCACUAGGAGGCAGUGAUGCCGUCAAAGCCUUCGUUGAAGGGGUGAAGAAGACUGUGCAAGAGAAGUGA